UUUUCUGUGUUUUGUGUCGAGGCUUUGUUUAUGUUUUUUAUCACAAUUCGUGCAAUAAAGUUUGAUUAUUGAAGUGUAUUUUGUGUGUGUGGGUGUGUGUGCAUGUUUAGUUAGUGCCGCUUGCAAUGAGUACGGACGAUCUGUUGGUGCGCCAUGACAGAAGCGACGAUUCGUCGCCAUCAACACCAACGCCAGCAUCAACAUCAACUGCAUCAACGCCUGCGCCAAAUUCGUCUUUUAAUCGCCUGCGCAGCACAUUUCGACUCACCGAAAAUAUCUCCACGCACAUUUUCAAUCAGAUUUCAACGCAAUUCUCGAAUGCGGCUGCCGCUGCAGCUGCCUCCGAAGUUAUCGAUGGCACAACCACAUAUCCCGAGGCGCCACAAACGGUGGCAACAGUCAUUGGCACCGCCAUACCCAAACGCAAAAAGCCCGCACGUGACACGGCGGAGAUUGAACGGAGUAAUUUGGUGAAUAUAUGCAAACUGGUUGUCAAGGAGCUGUUGGAGCAAUCGUUGCGAUAUGGACGCAUGCUCGACUCGGAUCAUUUGCCGCUGCAGCAUUUCUUUAUCGUCAUCGAGCAUGUGCUCGGCCAUGGCCUGAGACCAAAGAAGGGUCUACUGGGACCGCGCAAGGAACUCUGGGAUCUGUUGCAGAGUGUCGAGAACUAUUGUCCCGAGGCGCAGGAUAUAACGGCCAGUGUGAGGGAUUUGCCCACGGUGCGCACCCACAUUGGGCGUGCCCGGGCCUGGCUGAGGAUUGCGCUGAUGCAGAAGAAGCUGUCGGACUAUCUGCAGGCGCUGAUCGAACAUCGCGAGGACUCCUUGUACGACUACUAUGAGCCACAGGCUCUCAUGAUGAGCGAUGAGAUUGUUGUCAUUAUGGGCAUUCUCGUUGGCCUGAAUGUCAUCGAUUGCAAUUUGUGCGUGAAGGAAGAGGAUCUCGAUUCCCAGCAGGGAGUCAUCGAUUUUUCGCUCUAUUUACGCUCCAGUUCCCGGAAUGCUGAUGAGGCCAAUGAGGAAUCGUCGGCCCAAGCAGCUUCAAUGGAUGCCACCGGACAGGGCAACAUGAUUGCUGUGCUGGAUCAGAAGAACUACAUUGAGGAGCUCAAUCGGCAUUUGAACGCCACUGUUGGCAAUCUGCAGGCCAAGGUUGAGUCCUUGACCACCACCAAUGCUCUGAUGAAAGAGGAUCUGGCCAUCGCUCGCAAUAGUCUGCUGGCUCUCCAAGCCGAGAAUCAGGCGAUGCGACAAUCCGCCCGCCAACAGACCCAUUCCGACAACAGCUCCACGGGCAGCGCCAGUGACAAGGAUAAAGACAAGGACAAGGACAAAACUGAUGGCUUAAGCUCCGAGCUUAUGGAGGAGCGAAAACGUAGCGCUGAGUUGGACAAAGAGCUCAAGCUGCAGGUGUCGCUCAAGGCGGAAUCGGAUAUGGCUAUGAAGCUGCUCGAGAAGGACAUCCAUGAGAAACAGGAUACGAUUAUCUCACUGAGACGCCAACUCGACGACAUCAAACAAAUCAAUCUCGAAAUGUAUCGCAAGCUGCAGGAUUGCAAAGCAUCGCUGACACACAAAACGGAGCUAAUGAGCAAGUUAGAAUGCCAAAAGGAAGAUAUGGCCAGCACAAUUGAACAAUUAGAGAAAAAAUGGACUAGUGAUAAGAGCAAUUUGGGCGAGAUAUUGAAGAACACGUCACAAACGAUGUCCAGCCAAGUGAGUGCCAGCGAGGAGCGAGCUGCGCGGGCGGAGGCGGAGACGCGCAUUGAGCGCGAGUGGCGCGUGUCCUUGCAGGAGAAGGAGCUGAAGCUGAAGGAGAAGAUUGCGACACUACAAGCGUGUGUCAAAGAGCUCAACGAGGAGAAGCAGAAGAACGACAAGCUAAAGUUGGAUCUGGAAAAAGCGCGCACUCAAUGGUCGGAGGCGCAGACGACGCUCGAGGAGCUGGGCAUACAGUUGAGUAUGAGUAAGCUGAAGAUCUCCGAGUUCCAGGACAAUGAGCGACGUCAGCAACAGCUGAUCUCCGGUUCAUCGCAAUCUUUGCAAACAAUGCCGGAGCCAGUGAGCAGUCCGGGCAUUUGGGCGCCCGAUUCGAUAGCCACACAUUGCACUGCCUGCACCCGGGAAUUCAAUUUGACCCGUCGCAAGCAUCAUUGUCGCAGUUGUGGCGAAAUCUUUUGCAAAUCCUGCUCGGAGAAUUCGCUGCCCCUGCUCAAUGCUCAGGGGCUGCCGGGUCGACCGGUGCGGGUAUGCAAUGCGUGCUAUGCUUCCACUGGUAAAUGAUCAGCAACUAUGCUAAUAUAUAUAAAUAUAAAGUGUAUUCAUAGUAUGUUUGUAGUUAUUUACAUAAUUGAUUGUUAUAAACACAUAUUGUUCAGCGUCAUAUAUUUCAUGACAUUUACGUAGCUGUGCCCUCAUACUAUUUCCAUUUGACUGGGCGUGUGCUUAUACAUUAUAUAAUAAAUAUAUUUU